UCGAUCAUUGGGUGAUGGUGGUCUCGGCUUCCCACUUCUCUCUCACACAAACACAGGCUGAAGAUUUAAGCAUGAGGAAGAAAUGGAAAUCCUCCUGUUUUCUUCUUUGAUUCCUUCUCUUCCCUUUCUCUCUCUAAAAACCAGAGGAAUUCCCUAUAUCUCUCCAAAAUCUGGAGAAAUCCCCUCUCUUUCUCUCAAACCAAGAGAAAUUCCCGUUCUUUCUCUUGAAACCAUAACCUCAUCUUCCUCUGCUUCCCCCUUCAACAAAAAGGCCCUUUCCGCCAUUAGAGCUUCCCCUAAAGCUUCUCCCAGUGGCGAGGAAGAUCCGUCUGUCUCUCCUCUUGGUGAAGAGGAUGCUAAGGACUCUACUUAUCAUGGUUUUGAGAUAAGAAUUGAUAAGACGGGGAAAAAUUCGAGGAGAAUUAGGGCGAGAAUAUGGGUGGAUGCGAGCCUUGACACCAUAUGGAGUGUAUUGACUGACUACCAGAAGCUCUCUGAUUUCAUACCCGGUCUUGCAGUGAGCCGAUUGCUCGAAAAGAAUGGGAAAUGGGCCCUGCUUUACCAGAUUGGUCAACAGAAUCUGGCAUUUGGUUUGAAAUUUGAUGCUAAAGGAAUUGUAGAAUGUUAUGAGAAUGAUGUUGAGUUUCUUUCUUUUGGUCGAAGGCGAGAUAUCGAUUUCAACAUGGUUGAAGGUGAUUUUCAUACUUUCCGAGGCAAAUGGUCCAUAGUACAAGCUGGAGAAGGGAUAUGGAUAGAUGGUAACAUAUCAGGGGUGCGAGUGCGGCGCACCAUUCUUACAUACUUUGUUGAUGUGGUUCCAAAGCGAUGGCUGCCGGUUGCUCUUGUAGAAGGAAGGCUUUGCAGGGAGAUUGAACUCAAUCUCCAAUGUAUACGAGAAGUAGCUUCGAAAACAGAUGUUGAUUCGCUUUCUUCCUUUUGAUGGAGAUGCUAUUAAAUAAUUCAUAAAAUUAUCUUCAAUUGUAUUGA